CUGUAUAAGAAACCUGUCUGCAAAACGUUAAAAACAUACUUGAAUCAAAAAUGAUGACGGGCACGAGCUAUCCGGCGGUGGCGGGUCCAAUGGCCGUGAUCGGCCCACAGUUCUGCGUGGGAUACCCUGUUGAUCUCACCAUCGUGCGGAAGCUGAUGACUUUAUCAGAGGGAAAUUUUGGAGUGACUGAUGUGAACGGGAACAUUAUGUUCAGAGUGAAAGGCAAAUUCUUCAGCCUCCACGAUCGCCGAGUCUUGCUUGAUGCUACCGGCAUCCCAAUAAUCACUUUCCAGCAAAAGCUGCUGUCUGCACACAGAAGAUGGCAAGUUUUCAGGGGAGAGAGCACGGAUGCAAAGGAUCUGCUUUUCAGUGUGAAGAAAUCUUCACUGAUUCAGCUGAAGACAAAGUUAGAUGUAUUCUUGGGUUGUAACACCAGAGAGGAGGUUUGUGACUUCAAAAUCGAAGGCAGCUGGUUCGAGAGGUCCUGCGUCAUAUAUGCUGGAAACUCAACUAAUAUCAUUGCUCAAAUGCACAGGAAACACAGUGCCCAAAGUAUUCUGCUUGGGAAAGAUACAUUUGGAGUGACGGUGUAUCCGAAUGUGGAUUAUGCCUUCAUAGUUGCUUUGGUGGUGAUCCUCGAGGAAAUUAAUGAGGACAGAUCAGGUAGUGAUUAAUUUAACUGUAUGGAAAAGGAUUUCAUCUUGAAUGUUCUGUCCUACUCCUCCCCCCAUAUCCCUACUACUACAACAUUAAUUGCAAGAGCUUUGUGGUUUAGAAUUCAUGUAAUUUGGAAUUUGUAAUGGAUACGUAUUAUUGUUGCAUAAAUUCCUAUAUUAUA